GUUGAUUAUUUCUCUUUCUGGUAAUUACAGGAACCCGUCAAUUAAUGGCCGACAAGAAGUUAAGUUGAUGGAUCCGAUACAAGGGUUUUUAUUUUGGAGAUUAACCUUUUUUCUUGCUGUUGAAUUACAGUUUAUUGAUUUGGGUUCUUCCACGCAGUUAGCUGAUCCUUACAUUUAUACGAAGCCACCCUGUCCGGAUUUUAUUUGUAGAUACCAGAUUCGUUUACCAUGUCAGUAUAGAUGUGAUGGUCAGUUAGAUUGCCCAACUGGUGAAGAUGAGAAAGAUUGCCCAUUCAUUCAAAAUCAAACUCCAAAGGUUUUUGAAGGCCUUUAUUUAAAUAUCACACCAGAACAUGUUGUCGUUCAACAAGGCCAAGUAGCGGAAGUCAAUUGUUCAACUAAGGAUAUUACUGCACCUAUCAAAGACUUCAAAUGGCAAGCUUUAGGAAAUGAAAUAAAAGACUAUAUGUUCAAACAGAUACAGCUUGAGAAAUAUGUCAUAAAAUUGCUGAUACCUAAUGCCCAACCAGAGAACUCGGGUACAUAUAGAUGUAAGCUUCAUACAGCUGAUGGUCAGCAUGCUAGUAAGGUUAUUCAGAUAUGGGUCAACAGAACUGCGGACCUUCAACUAAGUGUUGAACCUACAAGACAUUUUGUGAAUCCAUUAUUUGUUACUAGAGGGGAGACCAUACGAGUCAACUGUUCUGCCAAAGACCUAAAAGUUCCGAUUGUCAGCCUGAGAUGGGAAGGAGAAGCUGGUGGCCGAGCUGAUUCAUUAGGGAAUGUCAGACAGAUUCAUUACAAUGAAAGCAUAGUCUCAUUACAUGUAUCUCAGGUAGACUUAAAGAAUACAGGAACUUAUGUUUGUAAACUGUUCACAACUUUUGGUGUGACUGCAGCUAUAAAGUUACAAUUACGAGUAACAGUUUCAGAUGUAAGUAUAGCAGUGGCAAAUACCGCCAAGUUUUGUCGACUUAUUUGUAAGGACACUGUUGAUAAACAUACAUUUAUACAUGUACCAUGCCAUUACAAGUGUGAUGGUGUUCAGCACUGCCCUUGGGGAGAGGAUGAACAAAAUUGUCCAGAGAUGAUUUGCGAGAAUAAAUUCCGGUGUAAUAAUAGUCGAUGUAUAGACCAUGCGUAUGUAUGUGAUAAAGUGAAUCAUUGUGAUGAUUGGUCAGAUGAAAACAGGUGCAUGAUGGUCACGACAGAACAAACACUUGUUAACAUACCACCUGUGGACAGCACUGAGGAGGAAGAUAAUCAGAUGAUAUGGUUAAAGACAACUGUAUACACAGUGAUAGCUUGUACAGUUGGAAUAGUCUUUCUUAUAUCAGUCAUAGUCAUUGCAAUAUUUAGAAUAAAGAUGAAACGUGCUGCCGUGCGUCGAGCACUAAGACAGGCAGAAAGACGAAGACGUCACAACGAUAGGUGUGAGUCUCGAGACAAUUUGCGUAAUCAGCCGAGGAGCGAACCUGUUGAGAACGAACCAUUCAUUUCAGCGCCAUCACCCACCCAUUUUGGAAAUAUAAUAGUUAAUGUUAAUAAUGGUGUUCAAUAUGUGCCAAAUGUAGAGUUUCCCGUCGAAGUUCAGUUACCACCAACUUACUCAGAAGUGAUGGCCGAAAGUGGGAGAGUUGGGCGCAAUUCUCCGCCUCCAGAAUAUAGUACAAUAGAUAGGAAUCCCAAUAGAAUGUCUGAGAUACAAGACUCAGAGUCACACAUACAGUUGCUAAGUGAAUCAAGAUCUGCUGAAACUAAUGCUCCACACCUAGCUAGUGGUAUGAACGAAAACGACUGCUGGGAUAUAAAUGAAAGAGGUGUUCAAGAAAGUGAAAGUGUUAAUGAUUAUAAUUCAUUAAGCAGUACUGAGAAUGCAAUAAUCACGCCACCGUCAGGUUCCUUGGCUGAUGGUCAAGGUACUCACUCACUCGGAAGAAGACAGUCUGGAAGUCAGAGUGCUAGACAUUCUAGAAAUGUUAGAUCUGUAGGCUCCCCGUGCAGGCCUAAACAACUUAAAGUUUGUGACGGACAGAUCGUUCUUGAUGACGACUCAUCAAAUUCAUCUUCACCGGAGACAGUAAAUAGAAAUACGCAAACUAAUCUGGCUGACAUUACAUCAGCCAAUCAGAACGUGGUGAAACCAGCACAGAUUCAAGUGCAGGCGGGACAAAUAAUUCUAGCCAAUCAGGAAGCGGAAUCCUCCAUUAAUGGAAGAGAAGCAGACGGGGCUAUUGCUCAAGGACAGCUGGAUGUCAAAGAUGGACAUAUUGUUUUUAAACCUACAGGAUCAUGAGAUAAUUAUUGAAGAAUUUCUAUGUGCUAUUUAUUACAUAAAGUUUAUAUUUCAUUUUUUUGAAAUCAAAUUAAAAGCGAUUGCAAAACUGUCAUAACUUGUUAUACAAAGUUGGAUGGUGUGAACUUAAACUGUUUUAGGAUAGUAGUACUAGAAAAAAUGAAAAAAGAGCAAAUUUGAAUAUAGAUAUAAUUCCUCAAAUAUGAAAGUACAGUGUACAUGUAUAAUGAUGUUAAAAAUGGACUGGUUUUGUGAUGAAUCUGAGUCUGAGUUUUGUGAAUGCUUAUUGUUUAGAAUAUUGCAGGUCAGAUUGUAACAAAAACGUUCAUAGUUUUUAGAACUUUAUCACUUGUUUUGUGAAAGUUCAUAUUCUUAAGAAUACUGAUGUCACUGGUGAAAAGUUAUUUAAUAAGUAAUAAAAAGUGUACAAUAAUUUUGAAUAUAUUUGAACUUCAAAAUCCUAACGAAAAUAGCCUGUUGUGUUGAUUGAAUAUAAUUAUUCUAUCACAUUUAAAUCUUUUCAAUACUAAUCUGCAGCAUUUAGUAGAAAGUGCCUGUUUUUAUAAAUAUUGGAUUUCUCAUUUUUUUUUUUUUACUUGAAAUCAUGUUUGUUGUUAGAUUAAAAUUUAUUAAACUGUAUACAUUACUUAUUGGGCAACCUAAUUCAUAAAUAGGUGAUUUGUCAAAUUGUGUUAGAUUCAAGUUUCCUUUGUAUAUGUACCCUAUAAAAAUGUUACUUGUUACAUGUACAUAGUAAGACUUAAAGUGAAUGCUUAACCUGCUAUACUGAGCUUUUUACCACCAAAAAACAGCCAGUGCAGUCUGUCCAGGCUCUAUACUUAAAAAUAUUUGGCAGCACAAUUUUUUUGUUUUUUAAAAUUGAAAUCAUUUAAUCCUUGAAUAUGGACUAUUCCAAAUUAAAAUCUGUCAAAAUUCAUGAAACAAAUUCAGCAGUGUUAAGUGUUUAAAAUCAGAUCUGUAUAGAAUGGUGGAAUCUCAGACAAAAAGUAAUGUUUAAUUUCUCAUUACAUAACAAUGAAUUUAUAAUUAGUCUGAAUUCUAGACAUGUAAUACCAUUAAACCAUAAAUGAGCCGCGCCAUGACAGAACCAACGUAAUGCGUUUGCGAUCAGGAUCCAUGCUGUUCGCUAUCAGUUUCUCUACUUGUUAUAUGGUUUGUAGGCGAACAGCAUGGAUCCUGAUCAGACUGCGCGGAUGCGCAGGCUGGUCUGGAUCCAUGCUGGUCAUAAACGUAUUAUGUUGGUUUUGUCGUGACGCGGCUCAAUUAGUAAUGUUGAACUGGGGUGAAGAUGCUGAAUCAUUUUACUUCUACACUGGUAAUAGGUCAGGGCUUCCAUUAGUGGAAGUUUGGGAGUCAUUUACUCCUGAUCUUGGCCUGUGACUUGAAAAAUAUAAUGCUCUCUUUAAUUCCAAUGUCAGACAUUUUCAGUAUCUCACUUCCAAAUUUUACACCUUAAUGGAAGCCCUGUCAGCAUCAACUCAGCUUUAAAUAAUAAGUCCUCCCUUUAUCAGCCAAACUUGUGUUUUUCUUGAAACAAUUUAUUGUACUAAUGUAUAUUAUGAUUUUCUUGCCAAAUUUGUAUGUGUCAAAAUGGCCUCGCACAUAAUUAAAUGCUUCAAUCUUUGAUGCUUUGGUAGUUCAUAUAGCAUUAUUAAUUUAAGGGUUUUUCAGUAUAAAUAUUAUAAAUCUAUUCAGCAAAUAGUCUAAGUUCAGAGUUCAUGGAAUUUACACAAUGACAGAGGCAAUUCAUCAGGGCUGCCUUCUGAGAAAAUUUUGAAAAUCUAGUGUAAUGCUUUAUGUCUUUUUCUUAUUGUAAUGCAUGAUACCGCAAGUCAAAAAGACGUAACACCAUAUUGCAUUUUUUGAAAUGUAUAUGUUUUGUUAAUGUAAAAACCAUUCCAGGAAUGAUUUAAUACUUUUGUAAAAGUGAUGAUACCUUAGCAAUAUUUGUAAACUAUGAUACAUGUUAAAAUGACCUUUUCUUAAAAGUGGCCUUCAGUUCUUAUUUUCUGUUGGAAAAACAAUUCUGUUUUGUUUUAAACUAUGAAGUUCAGUAAAUUUAUCUUGGAAAAAUGCAUCAUGUCACUGUUAAAUCUUCUCCGAAAUAUUGUCCCUAGAGUUAUUUAUAACGCAUAAAUGAUGUUUAUGCCUCCACAGAGUGGGGAGCAUAUAGCGUUGCACUUGUCCGUCCGUACGUCCCAAAAUCUUGUGAACGCAAAUCCUCUAAAACCGGAUGGCAGAUUUUGCUUAAACUUCCAGGGAUGAACAACCUUAAUGUGUAGAUGAAAGUAAAGGAAGAAAUUUUUGCUGCGACCAAAUUUAACAGAAUUAUGGCCCUUUGUUGAUUUUUUCACUAUAUAGAAAUUUUGUGAACGCAACUCCUCUUAAACCGGAUGGCAGAUUUUGCUUAAACUUCCAGGAAUGAACGACCUUAAUGUGUAGAUGGAAGUAAAGGAAGGAAUUUUUGCUGCGACCAAAUUUAACAGAAUUAUGGCCCUUUGUUGAUUUUUUCACUAUAUACUAUGUAGAAAUUUUGUAAACGCAACUCCUCUUAAACCGGAUGGCAGAUUUUGCUUAAACUUCCAGGGAUGAACGACCUUAAUGUGUAGAUGGAAGUAAAGGAAGGAAUUUUUGCUGCGAUCAAAUUUAACAGAAUUAUGGCCCUUUGUUGAUUUUUUCACUAUAUACCAUAUAUAUGUU